ACGGUCCUCAAGAUCCAACGGUCAACCACCCUGCGACCCCGGCCCCCUUCUCCCGCACCUCUGGUUCUCCCUGCUUCUCUUCUUCCUCUAGAUCUCUCUAUGCGAUGGCAAAUCCAGCAGCAAAUUCGCAAUCUUCCAUGGGACACGUCUCGUCAAAUACGUUCUCAUCCCAAGUCAGAGUUGUGCUGCGAGUGCGUCCUUUUCUUCCUUCGGAGAUCACGUCCAAGGAGAAGAGCCCGAUCCCAUGCAUCACUCUGCUCGACCUGGAUAAUCGUAUCGGUAAGGAAGUCACCGUUCACAUCAAAGACCAAUGGACAAGCCGAAACGAGUGCUACAAUUUAGAUUCAUUCUUUGGGCAAGAGGACCGCGUGGGUCAUAUCUUCCAGAGGGAGGUCAGUACUGUGAUCCCGGGAAUCUUUCAAGGAUUACAUGCUACUGUCUUUGCUUAUGGGGCAACAGGAAGUGGAAAGACCUACACAAUGGAGGGGACGAAGGACGAACCCGGCCUAAUUCCCUUGGCCAUGUCAACCAUUCUCUCUUCGUGCAAGAACGCACAAGGCUCCGUGGAGAUCGCGUACUAUGAAAUUUACAUGGAACGGUGUUAUGAUUUGUUAGAGCCUAAGGCGAAGGAGAUCAUGACUCUCGAUGACAAGGAGGGAAGGCUUCAAAUGAAGGGACUUUCUUGGGCCCCCGUGCACUCGAUGGAUGAGUUCUGUGAUGUCUUUUCUACCGGUGUCCAAAGGAGAAAAGUAGCACACACAGGUCUUAAUGAUGUUUCUAGCAGAAGCCAUGCAGUGCUUGCCAUCGCUGUUACGAACGGUGCUGUUAAGGGGAAGCUUAAUCUCAUAGAUUUGGCAGGUAAUGAAGAUAACAGAAGAACCUGCAAUGAAGGAAUCCGCCUACAAGAGAGUGCAAAGAUUAAUCAGUCUUUAUUUGCUCUAUCGAACGUCAUAUAUGCUCUCAACAACAACGAGCCACGGAUUCCCUACCGAGACAGCAAAUUGACAAGGAUACUGCAGGAUUCACUGGGAGGGACGAGUCAUGCUCUGAUGAUCGCUUGUCUCAAUCCGGCGUCGUACCAAGAAGCUGUCCACACCGUCAGCUUGGCUGCUCGCUCUCGCCAGAUUGUAAACUAUGUGGGUUCUGCCAACAAAAAGGAGACUCCAAAGGUGAAAGUUGAUAUGGAGGCAAAGCUUCGAGCCUGGCUUGAAUCUAAAGGCAAGAACAAGAGAAUUCAAAGAAUGAAUGGCUCUUGUUCUCCGUUUUUGGGCAAAACUCCAACCUCUAUUCGCUAUCUAAAGCAACCAGGAUCAGUUCGGUCUUCGGCGAAAGUAAAGACUACUGAUAGGAAGCUAUUUGAUUCAGGGGCUCCUAUUUCAACUACCAAGAAAGUAUAUGCUCAUCAUCAACCAGAUGACGCAUUAUUCACAGACAUGAAUGCUCUCACUAAUUUACAUUCAUUUUUGCAUCAGAGAAACAUAUUUUCAAGUGUUCUUGCUGCAAAUGAUGCAUCACUCUUGAAGCAAAAAAUAGGUCCAUUUGAAGUAGAUGAAGUAGUCCAGCAUGACAUCAGGCUUGACAGCUCUUCAUGCGUUUUAAAGGAUGAGAUCUGUCAAGGUUGUACACAUGCUUUGCUCGACAGGGAUCAAGAAAAGACAUCUGAGAAUUUACACUCAUGCGGAGCUAGCUAUUCUAAAGAACAUGAUGAUGGUCUGCUAAAUUAUUGUUCAUCGCUUCACGCAUAUGAGAACUCUGACACAUAUAUGGCAACUCAAGAUGACGGCGAACGGUUAGAGCCAUCUAAGGCUGUACCAUUGUCCCUCAAUGGAGCCAAUGAUGAUAAGAGAGAGAAGAGUACCAAUGAUGCUAAGUUUUUCAGGACAUUCGAUCUACCUGGAACCCCUUUUAACGAGGAGAAUUUACAUCUUCCUUCUAUAAAUAAUGUGGGAUCACCAGCAACCACUGAAAGGAUCAGAGAAUUGCAGAAUUCUCCUAGAAAAGUUCUGUCUCCAAUUUCAUCCAACAUAGGACCAGUCAAGCAUCUAUCAUCCGAUGAUCGUGUUUGUCUCAUUUUGUUAGACCCAAAAACUCCAAAAUCAGCUUGUGAGAAGGAUGAAGUUGGAAUUUUUGGCACCCCUCUUGACAAAUUCAAUGCACUGAGCUCUAACUUGAAGGAGUCUCUUCUUCAAGAAUAUCUUGCAUUCUUGAAUAUUGCUAGCAAGGAGGAGCUUAUGCAGUUAAAGGGUAUUGGUCAAAAAAGAGCGGAAUACAUCCUCGAGCUGCGGGAGCACACACCCAGACCUUUGAAAUCACUCUCUGAUUUGGAGAAGAUAGGCCUCUCUUGCAAACAGGUGAAUGACAUGUUCAGAAGAGCAGCCAGAGGAAUCUUUAAUUAACAAGACCUUUGCUGUGCAAUAGGUUUCGAGGAGAUAUCAAUUCAUCCGGUCUGAUCUAACGACCCACUUGUACUGAUUGCUGAAUUGUGGCUACAGCUUCCAUCUGACAGAGGCUCAGCAAUUUCUUUGACAAUGAAGCCAGCUAAAACAGCUUGUUCUAAACUGAAGUGUGGCAACACCAUAGUUGCUUUCUAGAAGUUAGAACAUUCAUCAGUUAAGGAAUUAUUCUGAGAGCCUGAGUUGAUAAUCUCCUUUAGGGUCAAUGCCAAUGGUGGUCAGGUUUAUUGUUUUCCUCCUUUGGAUCUUUUUAAUUAAUGGCUGCUGCUGCUAUUAUUGUUGUCCACCAUGAACAUGUUAUAUAGGUUUUUAAGUUAUUGCUAUGUAUUCAGACUGGGUUUGCUUGGCAAAUCAUGUGAUUGUUACCAUGUCUGAAGAGUAUUUUAGCAUUAACACUAGCCUUUACUCA